ACGAACUGUCAUCCAUUGUCGUCGUUCAUUUUCUGAAUGGUCACAGUCGCAGCGAGAAAAUGAAAACUUUGUGCAAUUCGCGUUUUUAAAUUGCGUUUCGUGCAAUCCCAAUUCUUCACUAAACCAUUUGGAAAGCAGUGAAAAACAUAUCGCAAGCACGAUGGUCAAAAAGAAGUGCAAUGAGAUCAAGGACGACGAUUCCUCCACGGAGUCGAACGACGAUGCGAGAGUAAACAACCACCAUCAUCAGGGUGUGAGGGAACCAUGUCCUCACGCAAAAUUGUCCGUUAAUUCGAACGUGUUGCGAAAGGAACUGAAAACAAAUGGACUGGCCGAACAGUGUACCAAAUGUCUAACUACUCCGGCCAAGGAGAAAUCUGUGGAAACCGUCGGCGAAGAUGAGACCGGUUUUGAGAUGGAAGAGGAUUUGAGUUUGUGGCUUUGUCUCAAAUGUGGUGCGCAGUUGUGCGGCCGAUACCGGAAUUCACAUGCAUUGAAUCAUUAUCAGACUCCUCACUCCGAUCCGCAUGCUUUGGCUUUGAAUACAACAAGUUUUAAGGUUUGGUGCUACGGUUGCGACACGGAAGUUAGUCCAAAAUUGUUCCCCAAGCUGAUGGAAUGUGUCGAUUUUGUAACGCGCGAAGCGAACAAGGCGAAGGAAGGACCACCAGCAAUUACCAAUCUAGGGCAAAAGCUUCGAACGACAGUGGAAUCUUUGCGGGUGCUUGGCGAUGCAAUCCCGGUCGCAUCCGGAUCCACCAAUAGCAUUGUUUGUAGCAGCACAGCACGAACGGAUGAUCUUAGCCCAGCAGUUCCAAUUACGGUUCCAAAGUAUCGCGACAUUCGGCUGGAUGGUCCGGGGAAGAAAUUACCCGUGGUGCACGGGAUCGUCGAAAAUCUGCCGCGGGUUCGCGGUUUAUCCAAUCUGGGCAAUACCUGCUUUUUCAAUGCUGUCCUGCAGUGUCUCGCUCGGACGCCUUAUCUGCUAGAUGUGCUCCAGGAAUCGGCAGUUAAGGGUGAAAAGUUUCAGCUGCCGGGUGGGCCGCUCACGUUGAAGGACGGUACGGUAACCGAGCUCAGAUCGAUCGCCGGAGAGUUGAAUGCGUGGGGUACUUUGACGGAAGCGUUGGCCGAAAUACUAGCUGAGCUGCAGGGUGGCACCGGAGGAGUGAUCACACCCAGUAAGUUGCUGCAGCAAUUGACCAACAAGUGGCCACAGUUUGCCGGAGCCGAUCAGCACGAUUCGCAUGAGCUGCUGAGACAUCUGCUGGAGAGUGUGCGCUACGAGGAUCUGCGAAGAUAUCAACGGGUUAUUCUAAACUCCCUUGGAUUCGGGAAAAAAUUCGACAUGCAAACCGUCGACGACACGCUGAAGGAAAAGGUUAAAUUCUACGGUACCCAAGCAAGCGACCGCAUAAUUCGUCCGGAGCCAGUGUUUCGAGGUUUUUUGGUUUCGACGCUGACCUGUCAGGAAUGUCAGCACAUUUCGUCGCGGCACGAGCCCUUCUUGGAUCUGUCGUUGCCGGUGAGUACCGAGAAACCGCAACCACCGAACAGGCGAAAAGCCAGCCCCGAACCGGAUUACGGGUACAGUGCCAGUGCCGCCAGCGGCACGCCAAAGCCACUAAGCAACAAGGAACGCCGCCAGCAGCGGAAGGCAAACCGUCCCAAGCGAGACAAAUGUUUGCUGAACUUGGGUACGCUACCGGGAACGAAUGCUGCUGUACCGGUCGAGGGUGAACCAGAAGUAGCCUCCAAUGUUUGCGGUGGUGGUGGAGGAGAUGCAGAAUCAGCGGAAGAUGACGACGGUAUGUCCGAUGCGGACAUUGAGGACAAUGUGACGGAUGAUUCGCAACCGAGGAAAUCACUGGCUGGAAUAGAUCAGAAUGGCAAUCAAUCGACGGGUGAAACUGCAACGGCAGGACCGGUUGUACCGGAGAAGCUUGACGAUACACCGGAAAAUCCCGACAAGGAACCGGUUGGGGAAGGGAACGUGGUUUGUGAGUUGGGGCUUAGUGCUGAGGGCGUUGAUAUGAUGAAAAAGAUGAGCAUCAACAGCAGUGAAGAUCAGGAUGCCAAAAAGACGAAGGCUCGUCGCCAGCGAACGAUCAGUCACGCCGACUGGGGCAGCACCUUGGCUCCGCGGUAUCAAUGCGAGGACAAUGAAUGCUCUAUCCAAUCGUGCUUCAACAGCUUCACUGCGGUUGAGAUGAUGACCGGCAACAAUAAGGUCUGCUGUGAUGCUUGCACCGUAAAGAUCAACGGCAAGGAUGGAAAGUCCGUUAACACGAAUGCAACGAAACAGUUUCUUAUUUCCUCUCCGCCUGCCGUCAUGAUUUUACACCUGAAACGCUUCCAAGUAGGACCUCGCGGCAUGUUACGCAAGAUCACCAAACAGGUAACAUUCCCGUUCGUCCUGGACAUUGCUCCAUUUUGCGGUUCGCGAGUUAAGAAAUUGCCGAACGUCAAACCGGGCCAAAAGAAACUGCUCUACUCGCUGUACGGAAUCGUGGAGCACUCGGGAACCAUGCAUGGCGGUCAUUAUGUGGCCUAUGUCAAAGUCCGUCCUCAGUUGACGAGAGAUGAUCCCCGGUGGGAGUUCCUCCCGAAAGGAUCUCGAGCCGAGCUGGAUCAGGAGGAUCAGGAAGCUCUCCAGCUGGAACGGGAUCGAGCUAAAGAUCUAGCUCGGCAUAUGAUUGGCAAUGCGAUGGCCCGUGAUAGUGAUGAUGCACUAACCUCCUCCAGCAGCUCAACCAGUAGAUCAUCCACCGGAACCACCUCCGAUGGGGAGGAGGAAGGAGCGGUCGGUUAUACGCCAAAGUCGGAAACUUUGCCUGAGGUGGACCCACCACCCGGCAAGUGGUACUACGUUUCCGACAGUCACGUCCGCGAAUCGUCCGAGGAAAGCGUGUUGAACACGCAGGCCUAUUUGCUAUUCUACGAGCGGUUCUUCUAAGCUUAUUGUUUGUUUUUUCUUACUGUCGAUUUAAUUAUUGUUGGAAUAGAUUGGGUAUACACGCGUGCUUUACGCGACGGGGACCUAUGAACUAUAUAGUUAAUUUACUACUCAAAACUACUCACGUAUCAAUUUCCUAAUCGAAAUUUGUGCAUUUAUAAGCGGGUCGCACACAACCGACAAAAAGUGAAAUGCUAAAAACGGUCCGCCGUAAAGCGGCAUUUUUAAACAAGCAUAAUUAUUUAUUGAACAUAGACAUUCAAUUGGAACGGUAAUACGGUACAGGUCAAAGAAAAAAACGAAAAUCAAUUACUGAACUCAACCUUUUGCUGGUUGCGAUACAACACGCAACCAGAUACUUCUUCCUUUCCCCUUAAAAAAAUACCAUAGAUCAUAAGCUGGAGAAUCCGAAUUGUUUGGAGCUGUACUAACUAGGAACUAGCGUUGAUUAGAGAUUAAACCUCAGAUACAAAGUAAGCAGUUGCAGAUGGUGAGUGAAAUAUAUGAUGAUGAUGAUGAUGGAAAGGAACAGAAAUUAGUGAUGAUGUUCUGCAAACAAUAAAAUAUGAGUUUUCAGUCUUUUUGCCUACAUUACAGCGAGCGCCAAUAUACUAUAAAUAUAUUCAAACAGCACUUGUAAUUUACCAAACUCCCAAUUUUUUCGAAAUAUAAAGAAAUAUUUCUGCGGAA